CAUCCAACGGAAUACAAAUUGUUUCUUGAUUCUUCCUUACGAGCAACCAAUCUGGAUUCGGAUUCCCCCACUUUCAUAAGAUGAGCGUCAGUGCGCCAGUCACACCAGCAACAAAGAUUCCAAGGACUUCUUCUUCUUCAACCCCAGGUGGUCCAAGAAUUCAUCAAGACAAGAUCCUGGUCACCGUUAGGAUCAGACCUUUGACUCCUAGAGAGCUUGCUGCCUAUGAUCUUAUUGCUUGGGAUUGCACUGAUGAGAAUACUGUUGUUUCUAGAAACCUCAAUCACGACCGCCAUAAUGGAACUUACACUUUUGAUAAAGUCUUUGAUCCCUCUUGUCCAACUACGAGGAUUUAUGAACAAGGGGCUAGAGAUGUUGCCCUCUCUGCUAUCAACGGGAUUAAUGCUACAAUUUUUGCCUAUGGUCAGACUAGCAGUGGCAAGACUUACACCAUGAAGGGAAUCACAGAAAAUGUUAUCAACGACAUUUAUUCCCAUAUUGAGAAUGCUGCAGAAAGUAAAUUUGCAUUAAGGCUUUCUGCUCUUGAAAUCUAUAAUGAGACUGUAGUAGACCUCUUGAAUCGUGAUUCUGGUGCCCUUCGUCUCUUGGAUGAUCCUGAGAAAGGCACGGUAGUGGAGAAACUGACCGAGGAGGUCGUCAAAGAUGGUCAGCACCUACGGUUCUUAAUUGCUACUUGUGAAGCUCAAAGGCAAGUUGGGGAAACUUCUUUGAAUGAUCGAAGCUCAAGAUCACAUCAGAUAAUCAGACUGACUAUUGAGAGUAGUAGUCUUUGUGAAGAAUCAAGAUGUGGAAGAUCUCUCUUGGCAAGCUUGAGUCUUGUGGAUCUUGCUGGCAGUGAGCGUGUAGCUCAAACAAAUGCAGAUGGUACUAGGUUGAAGGAAGGCAGCCACAUAAACAGAAGCCUACUCACUUUGACAACCGUGAUCAGGAAGUUAAGUGGUGGGAAGAAGACUGGGCACAUACCUUACAGAGAUUCAAAACUCACAAGAAUAUUGCAGUCUUCACUUGGGGGAAAUGCACGGACUGCAAUAAUAUGCACACUGAGUCCUGCUUUAAGCCAUGUGGAGCAAUCACGGAACACCCUCUGUUUUGCAACUAGUGCUAAGGAAGUUACAAACAGUGCUCAAGUAAAUAUGGUUGUUGCUGACAAGCAAUUGGUGAAGCAUUUGCAGAAGGAAGUGACUAGACUUAAAGCAGAAUUGUUGAGUCCGGAGCCUUCUUCCUCCAAAUGCUUAAGGUCGUUGCUGUUGGAAAAAGAGCAGAAAAUUCAGCAGAUGGAGAGAGAAAUGAAUGAGCUCAAGCGCGAGAGAGACCUUGCACAAUCAGAGCUUGAAGUAGCAAGAAAAUUACACAAGGAAACAAAGGAGCUCAAUCAUGGCCGUCAAGUGGCUAAAUGUCUCUCUUUUAAUAGUGAGAAUGUAUCAGUAUCAGGUAGGCUAAUCUCAGAAAGAAAGACACACAGAAGGCGGAGACCAUUGAGACAGUCAGCUGCUUCUAUCAACCCAUGCAUGCUGGUGCAUGAAAUUAGAAAGCUUGAAAUGCGGCAGAGACAGCUAGGUGAAGAAGCAAAUCGUGCACUUGAGUUGCUUCACAAGGAGGUUUCCUCUCACAGACUAGGGAAUCGGGAUGCUGCUGGAACCAUCGCAAAGCUGCUGUCUGACAUCAAGGAUAUGCAUGCAAUUAGUAGUUUUAUUCCUGAGGAUAUUGAAGUUAAAGAUAAAGCCAGUUUGAAGGAAGAGAUAGUGCGGUUGAAAUGUGAAGAAAAUACUAUUGCAUCUUUGGAAGAAAAGCUUGAAAACGUACAAAAAUCAUUAGACAAACUGGUUAUGUACAGUGGUGAGGAGACACCAGAUUCCAGAACCCCGUUAAAGAAGAAGAAAAUCCUUCCUUUCACACUGAGAAAUAAUGGCAGUAUGCCAAAUUUUAUACGCUCUCCUUGUUCACCUUCAUCCUCAACUCUGCUGCAUGGUACUGAGAAUAGGGAUCCCGUGAGUCAUGACUUGUUAUCAGCAGUUGAUACAUUUCAAAUGCAGAAGGCCACUACUGAGGAGAAAAUUACUCCUGUAUCGAAACAACCAAGCUCAGUCAAUGUGAAGAAGAUCCAGAUGAUGUUUAAGACAGCAGCCGAGGAUAACAUUCGAAGCAUCAAGGCUUAUGUUACUGAAUUGAAAGAACGGGUGGCAAAGCUACAAUACCAGAAGCAGCUACUAGUCUGCCAGGUAUUGGAGCUAGAGGAAGCAAAUGAUGGUGUGAGCGAUGAGACUGAUAUGGGGGAGAGAUCUCCUCCCAUGGCAUGGCACCUUGUGUUUGAGGAUCAAAGAAAACAAAUAAUCAUGUUGUGGCAUUUGUGUCAUGUCUCAAUUGUACACAGGACACAGUUCUUUAUGUUAUUCAGAGGAGACCCUGCUGAUGAGAUAUACAUAGAAGUGGAACUUAAAAGGUUGACAUGGUUGGAGCAGCAGUUGUCAGAGGUUGGGAAUGCAAGUCCAGCACUGUUGGGUGAUGAACCAGCGGGGCCUGUGAUGUCAAGUAUCAAGGCUCUUAAGCAGGAGAGAGAAUAUCUGGCAAAGAGGGUGAGCACAAAACUAAGUGCAGAAGAAAGAGAGAUGCUAUACAGAAAAUGGGACAUCCCAAUGGAAGGGAAGCAGAGGAGGCGACUUCAACUUGUAAGCAGAUUGUGGACAGACCCUCUGAACAUGGUGCAUGUUAAAGAAAGUGCUGAAAUUGUUGCAAAGCUUGUUGGAUUUUGCGAAUUGGGGGAGCAUGCUUCCAAGGAGAUGUUUGCACUCAACUUUGUAACUCCAUGUGACAAAAAGGCCUGGAUGGGUUGGAACUUGAUAUCAAAUCUCUUGCAUCUGUAAACCAUACAAAUAUCAAAUCCUUGAUCCCAAUAGUAACAUGUAGUUUUCUUAUAUAGCUAGUCUAGAAUCAGAUAGGAUUUUCUUAUCAUCUUGUUAA